GGUCCCCGCUCGGGCCGUUCGUCUACCUGCCUGAAUAAAAACCGGAGGAUCGUCUGAGCUAACCGUGAAGCCGCUCUGCGGACAUUAAACUGAAAUAUUGACUUAUUCUGCAGGUCAUUGCCCCGGGAAUCAGCUGUGUACUUUAUACCUGUGAGCAGGAUGGACCCACGCAAAGUGACAGAGUUGAAGGCCUUCGUGCAGCUGUGCGAGUCCAGUCCGGAAGUCCUGCACCUGCCGGAGUUGGACUUCCUGCGCACCUGGUUACAGAGCAUGGGAGCGACGAUCCCUCUACGCCCGAAGAUGAAGGACUCGUGUCAGGGUGGCUGCCCCUGUGCUCCUCCUCCGUCUGCGGCGUCUGCGGCGCCCGAGCCUCCUGUGCUGUCGGAGAGCGAGGAGAGUGAAAUCGAGAUGGACGAUGAGGGCGUGAUCGAACCGGACUCAGACGCACUUCAGGACAUGGGAGACGCCCAAAACACAGAGGUCACAGACGAGAUGAUCGAUCAGGCCAAUGAGAAGAAGAUGGAGGCCAUUAAUGCUCUGAGUGAAGGUGACCUGCCCAAAGCUCUGGAUCUGUUCACUGAAGCCAUCAAACUGAACCCGUGUUUAGCCAUCCUGUACGCCAAGAGAGCCAGUGUUUUUAUUAAGAUGCAGAAACCAAACGCAGCCAUCAGAGACUGUGACCGAGCCAUCAGCAUCAACCCCGACUCUGCUCAGCCCUACAAGUGGAGGGGGACGGCCCACAGGCUGCUCGGUCACUGGGAGGAUGCGGCUCGUGAUCUCGCCACAGCGUGUAAACUGGACUAUGACGAGGACGCCAGCACGCUGCUGAAGGAGGUUCAGCCCAAGGCGAACAGAAUCAUCGAGCACAGACGUAAAUACGAGCGUAAGCGAGAAGAGAAGUCGCUCCGAGAGAAACAGGAGAGAAUGAAGAAGGCGAGGGAGGAGCACGCCCGCGCUCAGAGGGACGAGGAGGCUCGACAGUUUGGAGGAGGAUUCUUCCCAGGUAAGAGACACACCUGCAGUGCAUGCUGGGUAGAGAGGAUCAGGUUAGGGGGUCAGUCUGAGUCCUGUAAUCAUGACUCCUCCCCUUUGGACCCGUCAGGUCCUGCUGGGUUCCCGGGAGGAGCUCCUGCUGGGAUGCCCGGUCUCGGUGAUUUCCUGAAGGAUCCUGAGCUGCUGAACGCCAUGAAGGACCCCGAGGUCAUGGCCGCCUUCCAGGACGUGGCUCAAAACCCGGCCAACAUCGCCAAGUACCAGAACAACCCCAAAAUCAUGGCGCUGGUCACCAAGCUGAGCGCCAAGUUUGGAACUUCACCUCAGCCGUAAAAAAAG